AUGCGAUGUAUUUCCGACAGCCAACAAGCUCAGGUGGAAGCGUGUAAACCUUCAGCCGGUGAUGGUGACGGAAAGAGAACAGCAACAGCGAUGAUGUACACGAACGGCAGCAGCAACGAAUCACGAAGUGACCUGAUUAGCUCGCGAUCGACCACAACGAUGAAGCAGAGGUGUUGGGUUUCCAUCAAAACUGAGAAUACUUUCCGACGACAGCAGCAGCAGGGAAUGGAGCGCCGCAAUUGGAGUGAACUGACGGACGGAAGCAAUCGGCAGAACAGAGCUCUGGACCGCCAGAAGAUGAAAGAAGGUGAUGGAUGGCAGCGGACGUCCGACGAUGGAGGACUGAAGCGAAGAACAGCGAUGAUGAUGGAAAGAGACAGCCAAGAUAUAAAGCAGCGGCAGAGAGGUGAAGAACAGCGAUGGUGGUUGUGGUGA